AUGCCUGCCGGUGGAUUCGUCGUCGGAGAUGGCCAAAAGGCUUAUCCCGGCAAACUCACUCCCUUUGUUCUCUUCACUUGCGUCGUCGCUGCCAUGGGUGGUCUCAUCUUCGGUUACGAUAUCGGUAUCUCCGGUGGUGUGACGUCGAUGCCGUCUUUCCUCCGGCGGUUUUUCCCGUCGGUGUACCGGAAACAGCAAGAAGACGCGACAACAAACCAGUAUUGUCAGUACGAUAGCCCAACGCUUACGCUUUUCACUUCCUCGCUCUAUCUAGCGGCGCUAAUCUCGUCCUUGGUGGCUUCCACCGUGACGAGGAAGUUCGGACGGCGGCUCUCGAUGCUCUUCGGUGGCAUACUCUUCUGUGCCGGAGCUCUCAUCAAUGGUUUCGCUAAACACGUUUGGAUGCUCAUCGUCGGUCGUAUCUUGCUCGGUUUCGGUAUCGGAUUCGCUAAUCAGGCUGUGCCACUUUACCUAUCGGAAAUGGCUCCAUACAAAUACAGAGGAUCGCUAAACAUAGGCUUCCAGCUCUCAAUCACAAUCGGAAUCCUCGUAGCCGAAGUACUCAACUAUUUCUUUGCCAAAAUCAAAGGCGGGUGGGGAUGGAGGCUCAGUCUCGGCGGUGCGGUGGUCCCUGCCCUGAUCAUAACUCUCGGCUCCUUGGUCCUCCCUGAUACUCCCAACUCGAUGAUCGAGCGAGGCAAACACGAGGAGGCCAAAACCAAGCUGAGACGAAUCCGUGGCGUCGAUGACGUCAGCCAAGAGUACGACGAUUUAGUCGCCGCUAGUAAAGAGUCGCAGUCGAUAGAGCAUCCGUGGACGAACCUCCUCCGCCGUAAAUACCGACCACAUCUCACGAUGGCCAUUAUGAUUCCGUUCUUUCAGCAGCUAACCGGAAUCAAUGUGAUAAUGUUUUACGCUCCGGUUCUGUUCAACACCAUUGGUUUCACUACUGACGCUGCUCUCAUGUCCGCGGUGGUCACUGGCUCGGUUAACGUAGCCGCCACGCUAGUUUCGAUCUACGGUGUUGACAGGUGGGGCCGUCGGUUUCUUUUUCUUGAAGGCGGUACACAAAUGCUAAUAUGCCAGGCUGUGGUUGCAGCUUGUAUUGGGGCCAAGUUUGGGGUAGAUGGGACCCCUGGUGAGCUACCAAAGUGGUAUGCUAUUGUUGUUGUAACGUUUAUAUGCAUCUAUGUGGCGGGUUUCGCAUGGUCGUGGGGCCCUCUAGGGUGGUUAGUACCUAGUGAGAUCUUCCCGUUGGAGAUAAGGUCGGCGGCGCAGAGUAUCACGGUGUCGGUGAACAUGAUCUUCACAUUCAUCAUUGCGCAGAUCUUCUUGACGAUGCUUUGCCAUUUGAAGUUUGGGUUAUUCCUCGUUUUUGCCUUCUUCGUGGUGGUCAUGUCUAUAUUCAUAUACAUAUUCUUGCCGGAGACGAAAGGGAUUCCGAUAGAGGAGAUGGGUCAAGUGUGGAGGUCACAUUGGUAUUGGUCAAGGUUUGUGGAGGAUGGUGAGUAUGGGAAUGGGCUUGAGAUGGGCAAGAGCAGCAACCAAGGAACUAAACAUGUUUGA